AUGUAUGUAUAUAUAUGUAUAUAUACAUAUGUGUAUAUAUAUGUAUGUAUACAUAUGUAUAUAGAGAAGCAGCAGGUAACCUAGUGGUUACAGCAUAGGGCCAGUAACCGAAAGGUUGCUAGAUCGAAUCCCCGAGAGACGAGGUAUAAAAAAAAACGCAUAUAUAUAUACUGCUCAAAAAAAUAAAGGGAACACUAAAAUAACACAUCCUAGAUCUGAAUGAAAUAUUCUUAUUAAAUACUUUCUUUACAUAGUUGAAUGUGCUGACAACAAAAUCACACAAAUAUUCAAUGGAAAUCAAAUUUAUCAACCAAUGGAGGCCUGGAUUUAGGGUCACAGUCAAAAUUAAUGUGGAAAACCACACUACAGGCUGAUCCAACUUUGAUGUAAUGUCUUUAAAACAAGUCAAAAUGAGGCUCAGUAGUGUGUGUGGCCUCCACGUGCCUGUAUGACCUCCCUACAACGCCUGGGCAUGCUCCCGAUGAGGUGGUGGAUGGUCUCCUGAGGGAUCUCCUCCCAGACUUGGACUAAAGCAUCCGCCAACUCCUGGACAGUCUGUGGUGCAACGUGGCGUUGGUGGAUGGAGCGAGACAUGAUGUCCCAGAUGUGCUCAAUUGGAUUCAGGUCUGGGGAACAGGCGGACCAGUCCAUAGAAUCAAUGCCUUCCUCUUGCAGGAACUGCUGACACACUCCAGCCACAUGAGGUCUAGCAUUGUCUUGCAUUAGGAGGAACCGAGGGCCAACCGCACCAGCAUAUGGCCUCACAAGGGGUCUGAGGAUCUCAUCUCACGUCUGUCACAUGUGCACAGUGUCAACCUGCUUUCAUCUGUGAAGAGCACAGGGCGCCAGUGGCGAAUUUGCCAAUCUUGGUGUUCUCUGGCAAAAGCCAAACGUCCUGCACGGUGUUGGGCUGUAAGCACAACCCCCACCUGUGGACGUUGGGCCCUCAUACCACCCUCAUGGAGUCUGUUUCUGACCGUUUGAGCAGACUGGCCUGCUGGAGGUCAUUUUGCAGGGCUCCUCCUGCUCCUCCUUGCACAAAGGCGGAGGUAGCGGUCCUGCUGCUAGGUUGUUGCCCUCCUACGGCCUCCUCCACAUCUCCUGAUGUACUGGCCUGUCUCCUGGUAGCGCCUCCAUGCUCUGGACACUACGCUGACAGACACAGCAAACCUUCUUGCCACAGUUCUCAUUGAUGUGCCAUCCUGGAUGAGCUGCACUACCUGAGCCACUUGUGUGGGUUGUAGACGCCGUCUCAUGCUACCACUAGAGUGAAAACACCGCCAGCAUUCAAAAGUGACCAAAACAUCAGCCAGGAAGCAUAGGAACUGAGAAGUGGUCUGUGGUUAUCACCUGCAGAACCACUCCUUUAUUGGGGGGGUCUUGCUAAUUGCCUAUAAUUUCCACCUGUUGCCUAUUCCAUUUGCACAACAGCAUGUGAAAUGUAUUGUCAAUCAGUGUUGCUUCCUAAGUGGACAGUUUGAUUUCACAGAAGUGUGAUUGACUUGGAGUUACAUUGUGUUGUUUAAGUGUUCCCUUUAUUUUUUUGAGCAGUGUGUAUAUGUUUUAUAUAUAUAUAUAUAUAUAUAUCUCACAUCACACACAGAGAGCUCCAGUUUGGAAUGUCUCUUGUGAAGCGGUUCACAGCACAUGGGACCGGGAGACCCAUGAGGAGGCUCACAAUUGUCCAGGUUAGGGGAGGGCUGCCCUCAGGUUAUCGCCUCAAUUGGCUGGCCGGGAUUUCCUUGUCCCAUGGCGCUCUAGCAACUCCUGUGGUGGUCCGGGCGCAUGCACGCUGACACCGUCGCCAGUUGUAUAAUGUUUCCUCCGACAUUGGUGCGGCUGUGUGUCAAGAAGCAGUGCGGCUUGGUUGGGUUGUGUUUUGGAGGACGCAUUGCCCUCGACCUUCGCCUCUCCCGAGUCCCAUCGGUGUAACUCCUGUACAGACAAGUCUAUCUACCAAUUGGGGAGAAAGUGUGUUUUUUUUAAAUAAAUAAAGCAACAAUCAUUUUUUAUACUUUGGUCAUCAUACUUUGAUCUGGCUUCCUUAAAAUAUCAAAUUUCAUGAAAAACAUGAUUUUGACUGUUCAUAAUAUAUUGUUUUGUCCUCUGCCCUCAUUAAAGUUGUAACUGCAGGUUGCUGAUAAGCUGCCCUCAGGUUAUCGCCUCAAUUCAAUGCUAAUGUUGUUUUUUUGCUGUCCUGUCUUACUGCCUCAUUUAGUGACCCUGGAAAGAGAUUCCUGAGCAAGCCCCAGCUAGCUCGUUACCUGGGCAACACCAUUUAGGUGCACGCCAUUGAACCCCGUGCAGGAAGGAUGCUCAUGAAUAAGCUUCAAAGGAACCGGCGCAAGCAUCGCUAUAACAACAACCAUCAGAUCAAGGUUAAGCCGGACCUGAACACGACCUUACCAGUCAGACAGACAGCAUCUAUCUUUAAACAGCCUGUCACCAAGGUGACCAAUCACCCUAGCAACAAAGUGAAGACCGACCCCCACAAGGCUGUCGACCAACCAAGACAGCUGUUUUGGGAGAGGAAGCUGAGUGGUCUGAGUGCGUUUGAAAUUGCAGAAGAGCUGGUGAAAACCAUGGACCUUCCCAGGGGCCUACAGGGUGUUGGGCAUGUGUGUUCAGACAAGACCUUGCUCUCAGCAAUCUCCAGCGCCCUGCACACCAGCCCCAACCCUGUCACUGGUCAGCUGAACGCAGCUGUGGAGAAGAACCCUGGGGUAUGGCUCAACACCGCCCAGCCGCUCUGCAAGGCCUUCAUGGUUACCGAUGGCGACGUCCGGAAGCAGGAGGACCUGGUCCACAAUGUGAGGAGGGUGGAGGAAGCUCUGAUGGCGGACAUGUUGGUUCACAUAGAGGAAUCCACCAAUAAGGCAGAUGCUCUGAAGAAGGCGCAAACCGAGCAGGAGGACAAGGAGGGCGUAUAGCCAAGAGGGCUGCCUGGAACACUGUAUUCUACCCAUACAUGUACAGGAUAUUCACCAGGAUCUGACUAGCAUCGGUCAACAUGAAGGAUCCUCUCUCCCACUGGGAUCUCCACAUAGGUCUUUCUGUCUGGAAGUCGGCCAACUACAAUUGAAUCCAUAUGUAUUUUCGACCAAUUUAAAUUGAUUUUAGAUGGGAAGAAAUUAAGACCUUAGACAAGGCUUUGCAGUUCAACGUUUCAAUUCUCUUAUUUUUACCCUCAAUAAUUGUCUGGAAUGUGGACAAGUAUGUAUGGUGCUUUAGACAACCUUUUGUGAAUACUCUUAACUCUGUUUUGACCUUAAACUUGCUAAAGUUUGUCUGUGUGCUUGAGAGAGAAGGGGGGGGGGGGGUUAGAGGGAAGAACAGUGUGUUUGUGGGGCACCACUCAGUCCAUUCCAUUUGAAAGGUUCCAUCUAGCUCUGUCUUGUGUUGCCCUGGUUCCACUGUCAUUUGUGGAGAAUUAGAGGGGUGCGGAUUGGGCAAGUGACCACAUACUGUAAGAUAAGUUGGUGGCUCAAAAUGGACUUAGCAAAAGACUACCUGUUGCGUCAGGAAUCAGUCAUAGAUAAACGUGCAUCAUAUGACCUGAUAUUUCCUAUAGGUCUUGUUAUCCCUAUCUUAUUUGGUUUGGUGUUCUUCAAACACUGUAGUCUGAAUAGUCGAAGAGCAGUGCUCUGCACAGCUGUUGCAUUGACUCGCAUGGCUCACAUGUCCCUAUAAGUUCAAAAUGGUGCGAAUCUUAGUAGAUGUAUUUUUGCUUUCAUGUUACAUUGAACUGUCAAUAGAUGUGACGGCUGACGUAGACUGUGCCAUUACUCAGAUAGUUGCCUAUUUGGGAUUUAUUUUUAUUUUUUGAACUUUGUGGCAAAUCACAAUUAUGCUGUAGUUAUUUAACAGAUUUUUAAAUAUUUCCGUUAACCUGUACUUGAUUUGAGGUAUGAAUGUGACGAUCAUUCACUGUCAUGUGAAGAUGUCUGGAAAAAGUAGGAACCCCCCCAUGAAUUGUAAUUGUUCAAAUUAUGCUUUGUUGUAAAAAAAAUAAAAACAUUUUGUUUUUCCUCAGA